CGACUGACCUCUGAGCUAACCUAGAUGCAAACGUUGAGUUUAACUUCCUCUGUAAUGCACGUAGACCUAGAGCCUAAGGCACGGCAAUGGAAACGGAGAAGGUGCCGAUUGUUGAUUUUUUUGGACAUGAUGGAGUAAUGAAAUCCUUGGGAACCAUAGGGGCUGAGAUAUACAGUGCAUUUAAAUCAGCAGGGUUUGUUUACCUGAAGAACCAUGGUAUUGCGGCGCCAAAGAUAGAAGCAGCUUUCAAUGUGUCAAGGGAGUUUUUUCAGUUACCUGUGAUUGUGAAGCAAAAAUAUGCAAGGCCUACAGACUCGAAUGAAGGUUGGGUUGCUGUUGAGCGGGAAAGCCUCAAUCCUGAGAGGCCUGCUGAUUUGAAAGAAGCGUUCAACUUUAGUAAAAAAGAAAAUGUAAAGAAUUGUUUGCCUAAAGAAGUUACAACAUUUAAUCCAGUGCUUGCUGAUUUAUUUGAUGAGGCACAACAGUUAACUUUUAGAGUGUUGGAGGCACUGGAUGAAGGAAUGCCAGGAAAUGUCAAUGUGAAGGUUAAGAUUGACAACAUCUUCACCAAUUCCCACAAAUUGAUUGGCAAGCCUGGGAAUGCUACAGGGUUAAGAAGUUUAUACUACCCUGCAUUGGACCCUGAAGGGUCUAUCAAGCCAGGUCAGGUGAGGUGUGGAGAGCAUUCUGAUUAUGGCUCCAUUACAAUCUUGUUUCAAGAUGAUAUAGGAGGGUUAGAGGUGCAAAGAGUAGAUGGGAUGUAUGUGCCAGCCCCCCCUAUCCCAGGCACGGUAUUGGUUAAUGUCGGAGACCUCAUGCAAAGAUGGACUGCUGAUCAGAUCAAAUCAACGAAACACAGGGUGCUCAUUCCAGAAAAAGAGCUGCUCAUGCGCCAGGUACGGCAGUCCAUAGCUUUUUUUGUCCAGCCAGACGAUAACUUCCUCAUAACUUGUCUAGAUGGGUCAAAUAAGUACGAACCUGUCUCAUCCCUGGACUACUUGAAUAUGAGGUUUGCUGCUACAUAUUAAGUGUGUUGGGAUCACAGUCAAUUUCUAAAUUAAAAAGAAUAUGUAUUUUGUGAUAACUGUUUGCAGACCUUGUAAACAAUUAUUGUAACUAUCUAUACAUGUACAAUCUGACCAUUAAAUUACUGUUUAAGUCAUUUUAAUUAUUAUUAAUUAAAAUUAUGCCAUCAAUUAAGACUGCAUUCCCAGUACUAGCUGGAUUGAUCUAACUCUGUGGGGCUUCUUGCUAAAGUGCUUUUAGUGUAAUCAGCCUAAUUGUCUGGCAUCCCCCCC